AACACAGUUGCCCUUAAAGAAGAACAAUAUUAACUCCUCCUCGACCAAUAACACUGUUUGAUUUGGUUCAAAACCAAUUCUUUUGGUACAAGCCGGCGAAGAAAGAAGAGGAAUCAGUCCACUGUUUACAGCUCCAGGAAUAUAACGUCAUUCGAUUGUUUGUUGUUUUCGGAGAAUAAUGCGAGAAAGAUUUGGAGUUUUAAUGGCGGGUUCACCGAUCUGGGAGUCUUUGUUAUCGGCGAUUUGAUGGAGCCGCUGACUUCGCCGCCGGAGUCGAUUCAACACAUCUUCAUGGAGUUCAAGAUUCGUUGUAGGGGUAAUAAUGGUAAUAGUAGAUGCGUUCUUUUUCCCAGAAGGAAAUGUUGGACUGAGCUAUUAGUUCUACAGAUUAUAAUUAUCUUCAUAUUUUUCGACAUCAUUCAAGCAAAAUCUGACGAUAAACAGUUGCAAUGGAGAGGGGUGGAAAAGGGCAAUGAAAAUAUUGUAUCACAUUCUUGUAUUCAUGAUGAGAUAAUUGAACAAAGGAGGAAGAGACCUGGGCACAAGGUCUAUUCCGUAACCCCACAGGUUUACCAUGGUGCUGAUACAUCCGAGCCUCUUCACCGCAAGGGAAGGGCAUUAUUGGGAAUUUCAAAAGUUUCGAGCUUCCCGAAGAAUUCAAAGCAACCCAUCCGAAUCUUUUUGAACUAUGAUGCUGUGGGUCAUUCACCUGCUAGAGACUGUAGGAACGUUAGCGAUAUAGUGAAAUUGGGUGAACCUCCGGCAGCUUCUAAUUUGGGUACGCCCUCUUGUAAUCCUCACAACGAUCCUCCAAUUUUCGGUGAUUGCUGGUAUAACUGCACUUCCGAUGAUAUAGCUGGGGAGGAUAAAAGGCAUCGUCUUCGAAGGGCUCUAGGGCAGACGGCAGAUUGGUUUAGAAGAGCUUUAUCUGUUGAGCGUGUAAGAGGAAACUUAAGGUUAAGUGGUUAUUCUGCUUGCGGACAAGAUGGCGGUGUUCAGCUUCCUCGUGAAUAUGUAGAAGGGGGUGUUGCUGAUGCCGAUUUAGUCCUUUUGGUGACUACAAGGCCUACCACAGGCAAUACCCUAGCGUGGGCAGUAGCAUGUGAACGUGAUCAAUGGGGUCGUGCAAUUGCUGGGCACGUGAAUGUUGCCCCUCGCCACUUGACAGCAGAAUCAGAAACAUUACUUUCGGCAACUCUCAUACAUGAAGUGAUGCAUGUUCUUGGAUUUGACCCUCAUGCCUUUACGCAUUUCAGAGAUGAGAGAAAAAGACGGAGAAGUCAGGUUACAGAACAGUCAAUGGAUGAAAAGCUUGGGAGGACGGUGACACGUGUGGUGCUGCCUCGCGUUGUCAUGCAUUCACGCUAUCAUUAUGGGGCAUUUUCCGAGAAUUUCACUGGGCUCGAGUUGGAAGAUGGUGGAGGCCGUGGAACGUCAGGAUCUCACUGGGAGAAGAGGCUUUUGAUGAACGAGAUUAUGACGGGGUCUGUUGAUACAAGAUCGGUAGUUUCAAAAAUGACACUGGCUUUGCUAGAGGAUAGCGGUUGGUAUCAGGCUAAUUAUAGUAUGGCAGACAAUCUUGAUUGGGGCCGCAAUCAAGGGACCGACUUUCUUACUGCUCCUUGCAACCUUUGGAAAGGGGCGUAUCAUUGCAACACAACACAAGUAAUCGGAUGUACAUAUAACAGGGAGGCUGAGGGUUAUUGCCCAAUUGUAAAUUAUAGCGGCGACCUUCCUCAGUGGGCCCGUUAUUUUCCUCAGGCCAACAAAGGUGGGCAAUCGUCGUUGGCUGAUUAUUGCACUUAUUAUGUAGCUUAUUCUGAUGGUUCAUGUAUAGACACUAACAGUGCACGGGAGCCCGACAGAAUGUUGGGUGAAGCCCGUGGAAGUAACUCGAGGUGUAUGACCUCUUCAUUGGUGCGAAACGGCUUUGUUCGGGGUUCUAUGACCCAAGGAAAUGGUUGUUAUCAGCGAAGAUGUACAAACAAUACAUUGGAGGUUGCUGUUGAUGGCAUUUGGAAAAAAUGCCCGGAAGCUGGUGGACCAGUUCAGUUUCCGGGCUUUAACGGUGAACUGAUCUGCCCGGCAUAUCACGAACUCUGUAGUGUAGAUCCUCUUUGGAUGUCUGGGCGAUGCCCCAACUCGUGCAACUCGAAUGGCGAUUGCAUUGAUGGAAAAUGUCACUGUUUUAUUGGGUUUGAUGGCCAUGAUUGUAGCAAACGGUCCUGCACCAGCAAUUGUAGCGGAAAUGGGAAGUGCCUCAAGAAUGGUAUUUGUGAAUGUGCAAAUGGAUUCACUGGGAUUGAUUGCUCAACUGCUGUCUGUGAUGAACAAUGCAGCCUUCACGGAGGUGUAUGCGACAAUGGCGUCUGCGAAUUUCGCUGCUCCGAUUACGCAGGCUACACCUGUCGGAACACCUCCAUGCUUCUCGACAGUCUCUCGACUUGCAAAGACGUGCUGAUGAACGAUGCUGACGGGCAACACUGCGCACCAAGCGAAUCAAGCAUACUGCAGCAGCUCGAGGAAGUCGUGGUCAUGCCCAACUACCACCGCUUGUACCCAACUGGCGCCCGCAAGAUUCUCAACAUCUUCAGAGGCAGAAACUGCGAUAAAGCUGCCAAACGACUAGCGUGUUGGAUAUCGAUACAAAAAUGUGAGAAAGACGGUGAUAACAGAUUAAGAGUGUGUCAUUCGGCAUGCCAAGCGUAUAAUCUGGCGUGUGGGGCCUCGCUGGAUUGCUCGGAUCAAACCCUUUUCAGCGACGAAGGGGAAGGCGAAGGGGAGGGGCUAUGCACCGGUUGGGGUGAAAUGGAAUCAUGGUUUUGAGGAAUCUUUCCCGUUAAAAGUCCGUGCAGCGUUAGCUGACAGAUAACAGUUCCUCAAAAGAGGAACUGCUGUAAAUGAUAGGCGGUUUUUGGUUUUUCUUUUCGGCUUCUUGUUGACCCGACCCGAGUUUAAUUGACUCGAUCGGGGCGUAGUUUUCGGAGGUUAACUCAGUGUAUAAUGUUAGGGAAAAGUCACAGCACAAAGUGGUGAUGGCUUUAGAUUUGGGUUUGUUUUUGUUUCCUAACCCAAGAAUUAUUUAGGUUUUUUGGGAUGGGGAUUCUUUUUUAUGGAUGAAAUCCUUUUGAAAUGUAGAGGAAGGAAAUGUAUGGAUUAAAAGAAAAGAUAAAAAAGGGAAAGAAGUUGGUUAUCUUCAUGAUUUGUGCCUCAAACUUCUUUUUCAGGUAUUGUAUUUGUAGUAUUAAAAUGCUUUUGUUAUUGCUAUAUCUUACCAGAAGGGUAUUCGUGCAAUGUAUC